AUGGAAUUCAUUCUUGACACAACUUGGGUGACCAGGAACCAAAGACUAGAUGGCCUGGAGACCAAGGAUGAGACCAAAAGUACUACUGUGCGAGAGAGGAUGGAGGACAUCAGCACUAGGCCUCCUAAAUCAAUUGAGCAAAGCUCCAAUGAACCUACAGAGAAUGAAGCGGCAUUCACUUGGCCUACACAGGAUAUCAACAAUUGGUUUGGACCACCAAAUGACAAUGGAGCAACCAAAGAAGUGACGAUUAAUGCAGACAUCACUUGUGGCAAUGGCUGGGUCUGUGAACAUCGAUGGCGCCAGAUAAGGAACAUGGUUGCCUUCAGAAGCGUGGUCAAUGGUCAGUCUUUCUCAAACUGGUGGGAUAAUGGCAGCAACCAAGUAGCUUUUGGCAGAGGAAACAAAGGAUUCAAUGUCUUUAACAAUGAUGACUGGGCUUUGUCAACAACUUUACAGACUGGUCUCCCUGCUGGCACAUACUGUGAUGUCAUUUCUGGAGAUAAAAUUGAUGGCAAUAGCACCGGAAUUAAAGUCUAUGUUUCUGGUGAUGGCAAUGCACAAUUUUUCAUUAGUAACACUGCUGGAGACCCAUUUAUCGCAAUCCAUGUCGAAUCAAAACUAUAA